UCUUGUUUCUGAUUUCACGAUCACUUCCAUCGUCUCUUACUAUUCCAUCUACCCUUUCACCCAAAACUCCAAAGCAAUCCUGACUUUGCCAUCACCCAAGACCACUGACCUACCACCUUCCGGCAGCGUUUUUCGGCAACCAAGCACCGUCCUUCCUUCUUUGUCAAUCGUUUAGUUCUGGACACCAACCCUUCUCUGUCGGGAACCCUAAGGCUAUGUUUGAGAGUUUACUAGGGGAGGAUUUUGGGAAAAAAGAAUGAAGAAAUGGAAGGAAGGAAUGACUUCGGGGAGAUUAAAAAAUGUAUUGGAGUAUGGUUGUAGAGGGUUUUGGAGGACAUACAUAAAUUCUUAAAUCCUUUCCAUGUUUUUAUAAUACUCCAAAACUUAAAAAAUAUUUGGAUCAUAAAUGUUCUUUUAUCCUUCUUAGCCAAAUCACUCAUUCAUAUAAGGAGUGAAGUUUGUUGUGCUCGAUUUAUUCAAUAAAGAUGAACACCACCCAAGUUGUUACAAGCAACCCUGGGAUUUAUGUAAGAAAAUAUCAGCCACGCCAUUUUCUUUUUACACCACUUGGAUUGUCAAUGAAUGCCAACCCUCUCUCUAGGACCUCUAUGAUCCCAAGUGCAAAACCUUCAUCUGUCUUACAAUGUGUGGCUGUUUUAAAAUCUCGUAAACCUCUCCAUGUUUGUUUAGCUGGUGGAAAAGGAAUGAUGGACAAUAGUGAGGAUUCCCAACGGAUAUCUCUUGAGGAAGCUAUGAAAAAUUUACAAGAAAAAAUUCAAAAGGGAGAAUACAAUGGGGGAAGUGGAUCCAAGCCACCAGGUGGACGAGGCGGCGGCUCUGGUGGAUCAGAGGACAGUGGUUUCUCUAGAAUGUCAGAUGAGACUCUUCAAAUCAUUUUCGCAACAAUUGGCUUCAUAUUUGUGUAUAUUUACGUCAUCAAUGGCAUCGAACUUACAAAGCUAGCUAGGGAUUUCAUCAAGUAUCUACUUGGUGGAACUCAGAGUGUUCGAUUGAAGCGAGCCUCGUACAAAUGGGUGCGAUUAUACAAGAAGAUUACUGGCCAAAAUGAAGUUGAUGAGAAUGGGUUGGAAAAUGCUCCAACACGAUGGAACGUCGCUAAUUUCUACCGAGAUGUCCUUAGGAAUUACAUGAAACCAAAUUCAAAUUCAAGUGAAUAAAGAUUGGGAGCAACUCUAGAUGCCAAAAUUUCACAUUCACAUCAUUGAACAUGAUGAAUAGGUGCAUUUGUGGUUUUGCUUUUAAUUUUGGAAAAAGUUGCUUUCUUUUAAUCAAAAUUCCUUUUGAUAUGAUUACAAAAAUUUCUUUUGACAUGGUUACAAUUCUUUUAAUACAAAGUUAUAUCUAGUACACAUUUAGCCUGAAAGUUAGAAGGCUAUGUUUGAUGUAAUUAGGUGGCAAUUACACUGAUUUUUCUUGAGGUCAGUGUUUUGUUACGUUAAAUAUUUGUUAUUUGAGAAAUUACCUUGACAUUCUUUACUUUAUUUGCUUAUUCCAAGUAUCAUAAGGUAUUGUUCAAGAAAUUAUAUACCUCUGUAAUUUUUUGUAGA